AUAAAUUGUUGCUGCUAUUUCUCUAAAAGGAAAAAAAAAAGGAAAAGCAAAAGAUCUCUCUCUCUAGCUCACUCUCGAACGGAAACAAUGGCGUCCAAGAAAAACAACAAGAAGGCGGCUAUGGUGUUUGCGUUCCUGGCCGCGCGAAGGAAGACCGGACGUCAGAGGAAGAGGAUGACCGGACGUCAGAGGAAGUGGAUGACCGGACGUCAGAGGAAGUGGAUGCAGCGCUCGAAGUUGAUGAAGCUGUGGAAGAAACAGAAGAAUCGUAGGGGUAGAGGAGGGCGGAUGAACAAACGUAACAAGUUCCUGAUGAUGAAGAAGUACUGUCGUGGUGGUGGUGGGCACGGAGGCAACCAUCCCGGUGCAGGUGGCGACGGAGGUAACAACGAUCCGGGUACAGGAGGUGCCGGUAUGGGAAUCGCCGCGUAAGGUGAUUGAGUUUCAUCUCGUCCCUUCUCUCUCUUUUUUACCUUAAAUAAUGAUGACAGAAAGUGACAUUUGAUCUGUUCAUCUUUUUCUCCAGACUUAUUGUUAUGACUUGAUCUAUC